CAGACAUUUUCAGAGUGUGGGUCAUAAGAACUCCCUCUUGCCAUGGCUGGUCAACCACUUUGGGCGAAGACUGUCUCCAGUGCUGUCGCGGAGAAGAGCAGUCUAGGCCAAGUCUUGAUCUUGGCCCUGCAGAAAGCAUGGCGCAGUGGUUCGGCUGGAUUCGUGGCUGGGACAAUGCAGGUGCUGGCGUUCAUGUGGCUGCGCACUGCGAUGAAUUAUCAGUACAAGUUCGGCGGAACUUUGUUGGAGGUCUUGAAGAAGCUUUGGGCUGAAGGAGGCCUCCCACGCCUCUACCAGGGCCUCUUCCCGUGGGCGAUUUUCCAAGCGCCGCUCUCCCGCUUCGGCGACGUGGCCGCCAACGAUAUGGUCUUGGUGCUCAUUCCAGCCUUACUGCCCCAGGUUCCUGUGAGCAUCUCCACUUUUGUGGGCUCUUUGUCUAGUGCUGCAUGGCGCAUCGUCAUCACCCCAGUAGACACCUGCAAGACCAUCCUCCAGACCGAUGGCUCCAAGGGCUGGGUCAUGCUGAAGGAGAAGAUGGCGAAAGGUGGUGUCACAGUGCUGUGGGCUGGUUGGGAAGGGAACUACAUGGCGAACGUGAUUGGCAACUACCCAUGGUUUGCCACGAUGAAUGUGCUGCAGAAGCACGUUCCUGUCCCAGAGGGGAACUUCAUGAAGCUCGUGAGGCAACGAAUGCAUUCGGAACACCAACUGGAGUGCCUUCAUUGGAGCAAUUGCCUCGUCGAUCAGCGAUGUGGUGGCGAAUUCCAUUCGAGUGAUCAAGACCAAAAAACAAACCAGCAACGACAACUGCAGCUACUUCUCCGCGACGCAACAGAUCAUCGAAAAGGACGGGAUCUCGGGUGUGUUCUUCCGCGGACUGAGCACUCGAGUUUUCACCAACAUCUUGCAAAGUGCCUUUUUUACCGUGCUUUGGAAGUACCUCUCAUCGAAGUAGAGGCCGUGCGGGCCACACUCCAAGACGCGGAGAUGGGGUAUCAACCUGGGACGUUCGGUCAGCAAGCCAUGCAGAACCAGGACAAGAGCCUAGAGCACCGUGUUCCACAGUUCGAAACAGAGGGGUUCAUUUGGGGCCCCACGAAGAAGAAAUCCUGUGCCACCUCAUGUCUACACCGUUGAUCUUGUG